GUCUAGUGCUGAGGAUCUCCGCCGAAGGGCCUUGGAAACCUUGAGCUCACACUGAGCAGUUUCCAGCCUCCUGGGCAAGGGAACAGUCUCUUCCCUUGCCUGGGACUCUGGAACCAUUUCAUUCUGGUGAAAGUAAGAGGCACCGUAGGACCAGAAGCCUUUCGCGGAGAAAAGGCUGACAUGCCCGUCCUAUUUGACAGAUUGAUGAAGCUAAAGGAAAUGUUUAACUCUAAGUUUGGAUCCAUUCCCAAGUUUUAUGUUCGCGCACCAGGAAGAGUCAACAUAAUAGGAGAACAUAUAGAUUAUUGUGGGUAUUCUGUUCUUCCUAUGGCUGUAGAACAAGAUAUGUUAAUAGCGGUGGAACCUGUGGAAACACAAACUCUUCAACUAGCCAACACAAAUCCCUUGUACCCGGACUUCAGUACUAAUGCUAAUAAUAUUCAGAUUGACAAAACCAAGCCUCUGUGGCACAACUAUUUCCUAUGUGGAUUUAAAGGAAUUCAGGAGCACUUUGGUCUUAGCAACCUGACUGGGAUGAAUUGUUUGGUGGAUGGAAACAUCCCACCGAGUUCUGGUCUCUCUAGCUCCAGUGCUUUGGUGUGUUGUGCUGGCUUGGUGACUGUCACGGUGCUGGGAAUGAACCUAUCCAAGGUGGAACUUGCGGAAAUCUGUGCCAAGAGCGAGCGUUAUAUUGGCACUGAAGGAGGAGGGAUGGACCAGUCCAUAUCAUUUCUUGCAGAAGAAGGAACUGCCAAGUUGAUAGAAUUUAGUCCUCUGAGGGCAACUGAUGUGAAACUCCCAAGUGGAGCAGUGUUUGUGAUUGCCAACAGUUGUGUGGAAAUGAAUAAGGCAGCGACUUCACACUUCAAUAUCAGAGUGAUGGAGUGUCGGCUGGCUGCAAAGCUCCUGGCAAAGUACAAAGGCUUGCAAUGGGAUAAAAUACUGCGGCUAGAGGAGGUGCAGGCCAAACUAGGGGUCAGUCUGGAAGAAAUGCUCGGGAUCGUGGAAGAUGCCCUUCACCCUGAACCCUAUAGCCCUGAGGAGGUCUGCAGGUGUUUGGUAAUUAGCCUGCAGGAGCUUCGAACCCAAGUUCUGAGUCCAAACACUCAAGACGUGCUCAUCUUCAAACUCUACCAGCGGGCAAAGCACGUGUACAGUGAGGCUGCUCGGGUGCUCCAGUUUAAGAAGAUAUGUGAAGAAGCACCUGACAACAUGGUCCAGCUGCUGGGGGACUUAAUGAACCAGAGCCACGUGAGCUGCCGGGACAUGUAUGAGUGCAGCUGCCCUGAAAUGGACCGGCUGGUGGACAUCUGUCGGAAGUUUGGGGCUCAAGGGUCACGACUCACUGGAGCAGGAUGGGGAGGCUGUACAGUAUCAAUUGUACCUGCUGACAAGCUGUCCAGCUUCCUAGCAAAGGUGCACGAAGCUUAUUACCAGAGGAGCGACCGAAACUUAACAUUUGAGAAGCAGAGUUUGUUUGCUACCAAACCUGGGGGUGGGGCUUUGGUUUUCCUUGAGGCCUAAACAAUGUAAAAAAUCUCAGAGAAACUAUUUAGGGCAUUUAGGAACUGGCAGAACUUCUUAUGCCACAGUAAAUUAAUCCUCUUUCUGUUUUGUAUUAUGAUGAACGGUUGCUAUUAUCAAGAUGUAUUUCCAAAGAAACGGUUGAAAGCUCUCUAUGCUUCAUAAUGAUUAUUUUUCCAUCUUAAACUAUGUUUUCUAUCAAUAAGAGCCAAAAUUAUGCUUGGGCAGAUCUUUUAAGGAUGAUUUACUGACAUUUAUUGAUUUCAAGAUUUUUAAAGAUGAAUUGGUAAAAGACAUUUAUACUGACCUCAUGGAUUAGACUUGAGUUAAACAUGCUGCUACAAUUAAAGGGAUACAAUUGAAUUGUAUAUUCUUAAAUACAGUCCAUUUCUGGUUUCUCUUGACACUCUUCUUCUUCACAGUUGUAGUCUUCUGUUGAUGAUGUUGAUGAUGAGAGUGAUGCCAGAAACUCUCUCUCAGUUCGAGCUUCAGAACGCUAUUAAAAUAAUCAUAAUGAAAGACUCACAAAUUUUCCUGGAUACUUGAAUGUGAGGUUACUACACUCACUAAUUAUCAAGACGAGAAGAAUUACCUUUUUUUUUUGGCCAAGAUGGAUUUAGGCUCAUUUACUUUUUAAAAGCUAUGUGAUAUCACAUAAACAAUCACUUUCAAUUCUUUCAGCCCUCAGCUGUCUCUGUCACUUAAAAUAGAGAAACUUACAUAAAAGACACUCUACACCUUACCUGUAUUCACACUAAAGUAGUUAUCUGGAUGAUAAUUCAGAUAAUUCAAUUUGUUCAUAGAAUUUACUUUCUUCCCACUUUAUGCUACCUCUUCUCAAAUGCCUCUCUGAUCCACAGGGCACGCUUACUUGCUCUGAGAAACCCCAUCCAUGCCUCACAACCCUUUGGGGUGUGUCUAGCAGGUCUCAUUUGUAUGUGUGGAACAGUGUAGGACAGUUAUGCAGGUAUGUGGGUAAGAGUGGGUUCUGGGGUUGAGUAGGGGUGUUGGUGAGUCCUUAUGUGUUCAUCAAAAGUGGGCAGAAAUGUUUAGCCAUGUGGUGAUGGUAAGUGAAUGGCUUUCUCACAAGAAGGUCUUCCUGAAUUAUAUGAAGAUUUAACCCAGAAAGUAAUUUGCUGCUAUAACCAGAUAAUUGAGACAGCAACAGUCUUAUGGCAUAAAUUAUCCAGAAAAUUAUCACACUUUCGUAUUAUUUGAUGACUGUUUUGCUCAUUAAUGUGCAUCUUAAACACUAGACAUCAUCUUGAAUCUCAGUUUUGGAGAGUCUGAGGCAAAGCUAGUUUUAAUAUUUCUCAAAGGACAACAGUCCUAUGUAAAGGACUCGGAAAUCCAUUCUAUUCUAAAAUAAACUGCAGGUGCAUUUUCAUCUUGAAAGAAAGGUAAACGCUUGAGAAAGCUUAAGUCAAAUAUGUUGAAUGAAUUUUGAGUUUUUAAACACCCAAUAAUCCAAAAUCUGAAAUGAUUUAAAAUUAGAAUUGUUUUUUAAUACUAUUCCAUUUUCCACAGAAGAUCUGUGGUUGGUACAUAAUGACUUAGAGAUACCUGGAUUACUAUAUAUAUAAAAAAAAAGUGGUACUUUCCGUUGCUUUGCUAUUCUAUUUAAACUUUUCAUCAUGAGGUUCCUUCUUGCAGUACGUGACUAAAAACUUCCAUUGUGCCCUCUGCUUUGGAAGACACAGUUGUUCUAAGCCAGGGAUCUACUCUUGUCUUGGUGUCUGGAUUGAAGAAAAGAACUAGUUUUCAAUCAAACCAUCACCAAGUGUCAUUCUAGAAAUUAUGAGAGAUUUCAACCUUUUCUGGAGAGGAUGGGGCUAGGGCAACUGGAAAAAAGCCUUAUGAAGAAGAUGGAAUUUGAGCAGGGCCCUAAAGAAUGAGUCGAAUAUGAAAGCUGGGGAGCAGGCACUGCAGAUGAGUGAAUGUAUGAGUAUGGGCAAAUAAACAUGGUGUGUCUGGACACCUCGGUUUGUUUGCCCUGGGAUACAGUGGAGGAUAAGAUAGGUUACGCUGGCUGGAGGUAGCUUUUGAAGAGCUCUAAGUCUAGCAUUUAGAUGAGGGGUUGCCAACCAGUAGCCCACAGGCCACAUCUGGUUUGCAGAUACAUUUAGUUUGGCCCCCAAGUAUUUAAAAACUUGGGGUUCUCAUCAGAAAUUUUAUAGGAGAAUCUGGAUUAUGGAUGGUGAAAGAUCUGAUUAUCCCCUGCCCUCCAUUCCUGGGGAUGGGGGGCGGACAGUGAACUUAAGCUGAGGUAUAGCUGCUUUGUUUAGAUGAUGUUGGACUCUUCAGUGUGCUACAGUUUCCAAAACUUGUAGUUUCCCUGAUACUCGGCCCAUGUACCAUUUACCAGCCGAGGUCACCUGCCCUUCACCAGCACACUGGCACAGUGGCUUUCUUACACUAAAUAAUUCUCUGUACCCAUGUCUCUAGCCGUAGUAGUUAGGGGAGACCAAGAAAAAUGGGAGAAAGAAUUUUUUUUGGAAGUAAAGAAUAGUCCUAUUUGUUUAAUAUUAAACAUGCAGGUGUUCUACUCCCUUCUCUCACCUUUCUGGCUCAUAUAGAAAUUUCAUUAGAUGAUCUACUCUCUGUUUUUGACGUUACACUAGUGGCCCGUGAGGACUGUUCUCGAAGACAUGCUAAAAAUAAAAAGCUCUCUCCUAUUCCUGACCUCAGCUGGCUCAACCUUCAGAUUUAUUGCACCCCUUUCUCUACAUGUCCUUGCCUGCUGGAAGGGAAGAGGAACGUUCAGAUUUAACAGAAGUGCCCAUAAUUUAAGGAGGAGCCAAAGAGGGGGGGACAAAGAAAACUGGAAAGACAGAGCAGGCUCCUUUAUUUUCUUUCUUUCUCACACUUGAGUCCUGUUUAGAACCUUAUAAUUUCUGUCUUAUGUUGAGGGCAGGGACCAUUCAUCUAACGCAUUCAUUGGAAUCCAAUGUAUUAUUGUUGAAUUAAUGAUGGGAAAUAAAAUAUGACUGCAAACACUGA